UAAGAAAGAGCUUUAAGUUUGCUUUAUUAGCAUAGUUAUAAUCUUACUUAAUCUGAAGGAUGUUUCUUAAUUUCAUAUUCAGAAACAUCCUAAUUUAUCAUUUAAACACUGAUAUAACAAUAUGUCUAAUUAGUAACUUUUUUUUCUUAAGGUAUUUACUAUGCAGGAUCUAUUACAACUCAUUAAAAUCAACCCUACUUCCAGUCUCUACAAAUCACUGGUUUCAGGAUCUGAUAAAGAAAAUCAAAAAGGUUUUCUUAUGCAUUUUUUAAAAGAAUUGGCAGAAUAUCAUCAAGCUAAAGAAAGUUGUAAUAUGGAAACUCAGACAAGUUCGACAUUUAGCAGAGAUUCUCUGGCUGAGAAGCUUCAGCUUAUUGAUGAUCAGUUUGCAGAUGCUUACCCUCAGCGUAUCAAGUUCGAAUCUUUAGAAAUAAAGCUAAAUGAAUAUAAGAGAGAAAUAGAAGAGCAACUUCGGGCAGAAAUGUGUCAAAAGUUGAAGUUUUUUAAAGAUACCGAGAUAGCAAAAAUUAAAAUGGAAGCGAAAAAAAAGUAUGAGAAGGAAUUAGCCGUGUUCCAGAAUGAUUUUGAGAAAGCUUGUCAAGCAAAAUCUGAAGCCCUCGUUCUUCGGGAAAAGAGUACCCUUGAAAGAAUUCAAAAGCACCAAGAGAUUGAAACGAAAGAAAUUUAUGCUCAAAGGCAACUUUUACUAAAAGAUAUGGAUUUGCUAAGAGGAAGAGAAGCAGAGCUAAAGCAAAGAGUUGAAGCUUUUGAAUUGAACCAGAAGCUCCAGGAGGAAAAACAUAAAAGCAUAACUGAGGCACUUAGGAGACGGAAGCAGAAUAUAAAGAAUUUUGAGGAGACCUAUGACCGAAAGCUCAAGAAUGAACUUCUAAAGUAUCAACUUGAACUGAAGGAUGACUACAUCAUUAGAACUAAUCGACUGAUUGAAGAUGAAAGGAAGAAUAAAGAAAAAGCUAUUCAUUUACAAGAGGAGCUCACAGCUAUUAAUUCAAAAAAGGAGGAACUCAAUCAAUCUGUAAAUCGUGUGAAAGAACUUGAGCUUGAAUUAGAGUCUGUCAAAGCGCAGUCUUUGGCAAUAACAAAACAAAACCAUAUGCUGAAUGAAAAGGUUAAAGAGAUGAGUGAUUAUUCACUACUAAAAGAAGAGAAACUGGAGCUUCUGGCACAAAAUAAAUUACUUAAACAACAACUGGAAGAGAGUAGAAAUGAAAACUUGCGUCUCCUAAACCGCCUAGCUCAGCCGGUUCCUGAACUUGCAGUCUUUCAGAAGGAACUAUGGAAAGCCGAAAAGGCUAUAGUGGUUGAGCAUGAGAAGUUCGAAAGCCUCAGGCAAGCUCUGCACAAACAACUGCAAGAUGAAAUGGAAUAUUCUGCACAGCUGAAGGCCCAGAUUCUGGGUUACAAAGCUUCUGUAAAGAGGUUAACUACUGAGGUUGCCGAUUUAAAAUUGCAACUGAAACAAACUCAGACAGCCCUAGAGAAUGAAGUGUACUGCAAUCCAAAGCAGUCUGUGAUCGAUCGUUCUGUCAAUGGAUUAAUAAAUGGCAACAUGGUGCCUCGCAAUGAUGAGAUAAGUGGGGAUUUUUUGAACAGUCCUUUUAAACAGGAAAAAGUUCUAGCACGUAUGGUUGCAUCAAGGUUCACAAAUUAUCCAAAUGCAUGGGUGGAGGGUAGUUCCCCUGAUUCUGACCUUGAGUUUGUAGCCAAUACUAAGGCAAGGGUCAAAGAGCUUCAGCAAGAGGCUGAACGCUUGGAAAAGGCUUUCAGAAGUUACCAUCAGAGAGUCAUUAAAAACUCUGCCAAAAGCCCACUAGCAGCAAAGAGCCCACCAUCUCUGCACUUGCUGGAAGCCUUCAGAAACAUGACUUCGAGUUCCCCGGAAAGACAUAUCUUUGCAGAGGACAGAGUUGUCUCUGAGCAGCCUCAAGUGGGCACACUUAAAGAAGAAAGGAAUGACGUCUUGGAAGCACUGACAGGCAGUGCUACCUUGAGGCUCCACGGGGGCACUUCCUCCAGACGCCUCUCUUCCACACCCCUUCCAAAAGCAAAAAGAAGCCUCGAAAGUGAAAUGUAUCUAGAAGGUCUGAGCAGAUCACACGUUGUUUCCCCCAGUCCUUGUCCUGACAGAAUGCCCCUACCAUCACGCACUGAGUCUAGGCACAGCCUCUCCAUCCCUCCCGUCUCCAGCCCUACGGAGCAGAAAGUGGGUCUUUAUCGAAGACAAACUGAACUUCAAGACAAAAGUGAAUUUUCAGAUGUGGACAAGCUAGCUUUUAAGGAUAAUGAGGAAUUUGAAUCAUCUUUUGAUUCUGCAGGGAACGUGCCAAGGCAGUUGGAAAUGGAUGGGCUCUCUCCUGCCGGGGAUAUGCCUUAUGUGAAUGCUGCUGCAGCUGCUGUGCCCUUCUCAUAUCAGCACCCAAGUGUAGAUCAGAAACAAAUUGAAGAACAAAAGGAAGAAGAAAAAAUACGGGAACAGCAAGUGAAAGAACGAAGGCAGAGAGAAGAAAGAAGGCAGAGUAAUCUACAAGAAGUUUUAGAAAGGGAACGAAGAGAACUAGAAAAACUAUAUCAGGAAAGGAGGAUGAUUGAAGAAUCACUGAAGAUUGAAAUGGAAAAUGAAUUAGAAAUGGAAAAUGAAUUAGAAAUGAGUAAUCAAGAAAUCAAAGACAAAUCUGCUCACAGUGAAAAUCCUUUAGAGAAAUACAUGAAAAUCAUCCAGCAGGAGCAAGACCAGCAGUCGGCAGAUAAGAGCUCAAAAAAGAUGGUCCAAGAAGGCUCCCUAGUGGACACGCUGCAAUCUAGUGACAAAGUUGAAAGUUUAACAGGCUUUUCUCAUGAAGAACCAGAUGACUCUUGGUAACCAUGUUUGCUGCCCAGCUUCUAACUUACAUACUAUGAGAAGUUACAUAACAUUUACUCCUUUGUAAAUGUUUCUCUAUCAUCAGACAAAACUCAAUAAAAAUGUGACUAAGAGUGGGAUUAGUGACCUUAUACAAGGGCUUAAUGGAACUAGUGAGGCCCUUUUGCCCUUCCACCAUUUGAAGACGCUGCAUUGGUCCCCUCUGGAGAACACAGCAAGAAGGCACCAUCUUGGAAGCAGAGACUGGGCCUUCACCAGACAUCCAACCUGCCAGUGCCUUGAUCUUGGACUUCCCAGCCUCUCAAACGAGUCCAAAUUACAUCACCUACAAUUGGUGCCAAGGCAGCCAACUAAUACUUCCUGCAAACUACAUGUGGUAAGUUAACACAGGCGCCAGUUAACCAAGGUUGAGUGCCAGAAUCAGUGGCUUCAAUAGGCUGGUAAAAGCUGGAAGGGAAAUCUGUCAUUUAGAGGCUAGAGGGAGGAGGCUAGACUAGGGUGGUCUUGGGGCCAUUACUCACCAGGGCAAUGACGGUGGCACCAGCUCCUGCACAGGCCACAAUGAACAGGUGAUAGGACAUGUAGAACUACAAAAGAACAGGGCACCAAUAUAAGCAUUUGAUGUGUAAUGAAAUGGCCUAUACUCAUUCUGGGGUGCUGCUUCAUCUGUCUCCUUUGCAGCUAUUCUCUGCAAGACUGGGCACAGGCCUGCCUUCUCUUCAUGCUCUGGCCUCAUGGUGGAGUUACCUGAGGAGCUUUAAAAACUUUCUGAUGCCCAGACUGCCCCGCAAAUCGAUUAAAUCUGAAUACCUAGGGGCUGGGCCUCAGCCAUCAGUAUAACAUAGUGCUGCCUUGAUGGCUGAAAGGUGCAGCCACUGCAUAUUAUGGAUAUACAAAUUGACAAGUUGGAUAGGGUAGGAGCUGAUUAUUUCUGUAACUCACUGCUUUUUAAAAGCUGGCCAGGAUUUUCUUAAAUAUACAAGCACCUACAAAUGCAUUUAAGAAUUUUCCUGUAUAAACAGUUACAAGCCAAUGACCGAAGAAUGUUCUAGGGCUGAGACAAUUUAAACCAAAGUGUUAGGGCAUACUCCCUAUUAAGAAUGAAUGAGAAAGAGAGAAGUAGCCAAGUCAUUCCAGAAAUAUAAAUGAUUAACUGUGGCCUCAUUUAUUAAAAAGUGGGUAUAUACACAAAUUCCUUUAUGAAAAUUAACUUACAUCUGUUCUGUGAUAGGUGUUCUACUUUGAAAAUCUUUCUGAAGAGGUGAGAGAAGAAUCUAGAUAUAUUAUUAGGUUUGUAGGUUUGGGUUCACCUCUAAAUUAUUGCCCAAAGGAAAAGCUCUCCACUUAAGGAUUCUCACCAAAUGGGUUGGACCAUAUGAAGUCACCAUUUUUGUAGGUCAAAAAUGGCUGAAUAGUGAUGGUUACAUAUAGCUCAAUCUUAAAGAGUCUAAACAAGGAGCUUUCCUUAAUAGCAUUUUAACCAUCUCUCUCCCUCUUUCUAUAGCUAGGAGAACCCUUUUCUCAGCCUAAUAUUCAAGGGUUAUUCUUAUGAGCCCUCUGAACUGUGAUGAGUUUACCUCGUUUGUGUUGCAGAUGUUCUCCAGGGCAGAGCCGCAUAUUUUUCCCGGGAAAGCAUUCCAAGGAAUGAUACCUGUAAAAUGAACCCCAAUAGGAUGUUAGUACAAACUACAGUGCCUCAUGUUCUUAAUAGACCCCACCACUUUGGAUGCCAGUUACAGUGUAAUGGUAGGCUAUGUUCUUCAUUAAGAAUUGAUGGAUCUGCUGUCUGCAGAACAAGCAUUUUGGAAUAAAUAGCCCCAUUUGAACAACAGGCCAAAAGCAAAGCCAACUAGUCCAUAAGAAAUCUAAACAGCCUGAUAUUUUUUUCCCCUACAAAUUGUGCUUUAUUCAGUGAGGGUUCAUAUUUGGAAGUUCAUAUUUGUAAAGAUUAAUUUUCAAAGCCAGACCUUCCCUAUAGUUACUGCAGGACAACCCCCUCAUAAAGCAUUUUAUCACAUUGAGGUCAAAAUACAUUUCCUCAUGAAUGUUGUGGUCUGUGGCCUUGCUGUCCAAGCUCUGUUAGUGGUCUGCCAGGAGUUCCAAAACUGCAAGUAUACACUCGGAAACAAAUUACAAGUUGACAGAGUAAUUUAUGUUUGUGGGAAUCCAAUAAAAAAAACUCUGGAUUUGUA